AUGGAAAACGUACUCGACGACAUUUCCCACCGGAGAUACAACCCUCUCCGUGGCUCCUCCAUCUUGGUCUCCCCCCCACCGAACCAAGCGCCCCUGGCACUAACCAUACAACACCCUAGAGGAGCACAGGAGAGCCCCUCCAAGACAACCCUGCCCAACUACGACCCCAAAUGCUACCUGUGUCCCGGGAACGAGCGCGCCCAGGGCGAUACCAACCCCAAUUAUGAGAGCACCUUCGUAUUUGUGAAUGACUACAGCGCUGUGAAGGAAGAACAAGCGGCCUAUGAGCCCUCAAAUCAGGAUGGUACGUCCAAGCCCGCCCAGCGCAUCCACACCACACGCGUACCAAGCUCACACACACCCACAGAACUCGAAUCGCGGUUCCUCAAAGCCGAGCCCGUAACGGGCAAGUGCUACGUGCUCACCUUCUCAUCCGCGCACAACCUCACCCUCGCUGACCUGGCACCUCGCGAGAUCGUGCCCGUGAUCGAUGCCUGGACAGAAAUCUACACAGCACACUUGUCCCCGACCUCGCCGCUAGCGAAAAAGGCAUCCCCAACAACGCUGCAGCCCACAUCCACCUUAACAAGCGCCACCAAGCCAAAGGAGCAGUACCGGUACAUGCAGAUCUUCGAGAACAAGGGCGCGGCCAUGGGGUGCUCGAACCCGCACCCACACGGGCAGGUGUGGACGACCAGCUCAAUGCCGGAAGAGCCCGCUGCCGAAAUGGACCAGCUGACCAAGUAUCGCCGGCAACACGGCGGUAGCCACCUGCUGGAGGACUAUGCGGCGCUGGAGAGCCGCAAGAAGGAGCGCGUUGUGUUUGAGAACGAUGCCUUCCUGGUUGUCUGUCCGUGGUGGGCUACCUGGCCGUUUGAGACGAUGAUUGUGAGCCGCACGCACAAGCGCGCGCUAGUGGAUUUGUCCGAGGCCGAUAAGAUGCUGCUUGCUGAGGCAAUUGCCGAGAUCACCCGUCGCUACGAUAAUCUCUUCGAGACGCACUUCCCUUACAGUAUGGGUGUUCACCAGGCUCCGCUUGAUGGCACCGAGGAGGAGAUUGAGGCGUCAUACCUGCACUUGCACUUCUAUCCGCCUCUGCUCCGAAGCGCUACCGUGCGCAAGUUCUUGGUUGGCUAUGAGCUUAUGGCGGAGCCUCAACGUGAUAUCACCCCCGAGCAAGCUGCUGCUAAGCUGCGGGCUUGCGGUGGCGAGUUGUACAGGAAGAAGAUCGACUCGUGA